CUGGACUCAGUUUAGCACAGACUCCCAUUUUCAGAAAAAUCUCUUAUCACUUUCUUCAGAAGCUGAGCUCAUUUAUCCAAAAACACUUUGGAAAACAUUUGUUUCUCUUGCUGUUUUUUUUCCCCUUGUGUUGCAUUUAAGUGAAAAGUUCUCAGUGUAAGUGUGUGUGUGUGUGUGUGUGUGUCUUGAGGAACAGGAACCAUGAUCAGCCGUAACUUUAAGAACGUGUUGGUGGUGUCCAUCGGUUUUCUGUCCCUGUUCACGGCGUAUGGAGGUCUGCAGAGUUUACAGAGCAGUCUGAACGCGGAGGAGGGGAUGGGCGUGGCCUCUCUGAGCACCAUCUACGCCUCCAUCAUCGUCUCCUCCAUGUUCCUGCCGCACAUCAUGAUCAAAAACCUGGGCUGUAAAUGGACCAUCGUGGUCAGCAUGGCCUGCUACGUCUCCUACUCCUUUGGAAACCUUUACCCAGGAUGGUACACCCUCAUCCCCACCUCGGUGGUCUUGGGUCUGGGCGGUGCCCCCCUGUGGUCAGCCAAAUGCACCUACCUGACCAUAUCCGGUAACGUCUACGCGGCCAGUGAGGGCAAAAAGCGCUCCGACGUCAUCAACCAGUACUUUGGUGUCUUCUUCUUCAUCUUUCAGUCAUCGGGGGUUUGGGGAAACCUCAUGUCAUCGCUCAUCUUCGGACAGGACACAAAUAUUGCAAACAUCACAGAGGAGCAGCUUCAGUUUUGUGGAGCGGCCGAAUGCAGCCUGAACCUCAACGUCAGCGGCACCAGCAACAAACCUGCACAGAAGCUGGUGCUGACGCUCGUCGGCUGCUACAUCGGCGUCGGCGUGCUGGCCAUGCUCAUCGUCGCCGUGUUCCUGGACAACAUUGACCGCGAACAGGCCAGUGAGUUCCGCGGGAGCCACGAGCCGCUCUGUCACACGUUCCUGGCCACGUUCCGGCUCCUGAAGGACUGGAGGCUCCUGAUGCUCAUCCCUCUGACGCUCUACAGCGGCUUUGAGCAGAGCUUCCUCUCAGGAGAGUUCACCAAGAACUAUGUGACGUGUGCGCUGGGGAUCCACUAUGUCGGCUUUGUCAUGAUGUGUUUCGCCGCCACCAACUCUCUGUGCUCGUUCCUCUUCGGCAGAUUGGCCCAGUACGUCGGCAGAGCGACGCUCUUCGUCCUGGCGGCGGUCACCAACUUCUCCUGCAUCAUCGCCCUCCUGCUCUGGAGGCCCGACCCUGAGCAGCUGCCCGUCUUCUUCGUGUUUUCCGCUCUGUGGGGAAUGGCGGACGCAGUCUGGCAAACACAAACCAACGCAAUUUACGGGAUCCUCUUCUCACAGGACAAGGAGGCGGCGUUCGCCAACUACCGCAUGUGGGAGUCUCUGGGCGCCGUGAUCGCCUUCGCCUACAGCACGUUCAUCUGUGUGGAGUAUAAACUCUACAUCCUGCUGGCCGUUCUGCUGCUCACCAUGGUCACGUACCCCAUCGUGGAGUAUCAUGAGUACAAGAAUCCCACGCCGUGUGUCCAACAGAGCGACUACAUCAGUCACAAGGAGACAAAUAAAAAAGGCGACGGCAGAGUUAUCGCCCAAACGCUAAUGUAGAGACAAAGUGUUUACAUUUUUCUAAGAAUUCUGAUUCUGCCACUUUAUUGUUAAUCUGGUGUCCAGAACAAGCAAUGAAAGGAGAUUUUAAUGUAGGAAAACCUGUAUAUUUUGACUCUUUCCUGGUGUUAUCAGUUUUUCAACACAACACAACUUCAGGCCGAUUUUCAAGCGAUUUGUUCGUGACUGACAGAUUUUCAGUGUCAAACCCAAUUAUGUUAUUAUUUUAUUUUUUCUAUUUUCCUGCCUGGUCUGACACCUCCGAUGAUGUGCUCCUGGACACCAAUGGGAUACAGGGUUCACACAGGUCGUUUUGAAUUAGUUGCCCUCCCAUCUCAAACUGUGUCAGCACAUUCGGUCCUUGAAUUUGAG